AUGUCUCGCUCUACCUAUACCGCGUUCCAAAGGCACUUGCUCUACUUCUCGACGCCUACAUCUCCACCAAGGCUCACUUUCGGAUCAGCUCUCCGUGCAGGCGUAUCGAUCGGUCUUGAUAUUCCUGUCGCAGUCUUGCUGAGCCUGUCAUUAAGGCUCAUGUAUGCGCCAGUUCCUUUCCUCUGGUCUCCCAUCAUCGUGGACAAUAUUCCAACUUCAGCUCACCGCACUCAAUUGAGCUCUGCAACGUUACCAAAAGGCAAAGCCGAAUAUACCUGCACCGAGCUUUUAUCACUUCUUGAUAGUAGCCCGGAAGAGAAUGAGGGCAAAGGCUGGCUAAAACACAAGAUCGACCAGGGCCAUGUGAUAGGGUUCUGGACGAUGGCUGCAAAUGCGAGAACACAUGCUGUAAGCAGCGACGAUGUCGCACGGUUCCAGCACGGAGAGUGGGAGAAGCCUGUCGCUCAGAGGAGGCGUGGAACGGAUGACGUAUUGCCGCUUUGGCGAGGCGGGCCAAUUUGGGUGGGUGGUCACAGCUGGGCUGUAUGGAAACUCUUGGGAGUGCGGGUUUACGAGGACAGGAAACAACAGUAG